UCUUUUGCAAGAUGGACACCAAACUGCUAUCGAGACUUGAUUUACUAGCGGAUAACACACUUUCGGUUGUUUUUGAACGAAACCGGUUAAAGGGGUUAAAGUAAGAAGUAACCAAAGAAAAAGAAAAAAAGCAAAAGCUUGGCAUUAAGCCGUGCUUCUUUUUUUUUAGACUCAAUGUAGAUAAAUACGAAGGAAAUAUACAAAAGAACUUGAAUCAAUUACGAGAUGGCAUUAAAGUACUGGAGCAACAAUUGUCGGAAGAAGAGCAAUCGGGAGCAAGAGAUACCAAGAGUGAAGAGGAUAAAUUAAUACAAUUACAAGUCAAAGUAGACAAACUGGAUGCGCUAUUGGGAAAUCAAGAUGAUGCAACUGCCAGAGAUAUCUUGUUGAGAAAUAAUAGAGGAAAACCAUCUGUUCGAUUUACAGCUGUGGAUAUGAACCCUAAUGAUCUUGAGGAUGGUCAGAUAUUACAGCUUCAACAGCGCAUUAUUGAUGACCAGGAUACAGAUUUAGAUCACUUGUCGUUAGCGAUACGACGACAGAGAGAAUUAGGCCUAUUGAUUGGCGAUGAAUUAGAGACACAUGCUCAAAUCAUUGAUGAGACGGAGGAGAUGGUUGAUAGAACUGAUGAGCGAUUAAGGCAGGCCAAGAAGAAGCUGGACUACGUCGGUCGCAGAGUCAAGGACAACAAAUCCGUUUGUAUCGUGAUUGGCUUGAUCAUUGUAUUUUUUAUUUUAGUUGCAUUGUUUAGAUGAAAUAAAAUACAGCUGC